AUGCCAACUCUGGAUGAUAUUUUAGAGCAGAUUGGAGAAUUUGGCUUCUUCCAGAAAAAAACCCUCUUUGUUUUAUGCCUGCUAUCUGCUGCCUUCACCCCAAUAUAUGUGGGUGUCAUCUUCUUUGGGCUCACCCCUGAGCAUCACUGCUUCAGUCCUGGGGUGGCUGAGCUGAGCCAGCGCUGUGGCUGGAGCCUGGAGGAGCAGCUGAAUCAUACAGUUCCUGAGUGGCACGGCCAUGGGGUUGGCUUCAACAGUCGCUGCAGGAGGUAUGAAGUGGACUGGAAUGCAACAGGUAUCAGCUGCACUGACCCCCUUUACAGCCUUAUGGGCAACAGGACCACUGUCCCCCUUGAUAUCUGUCAGGAUGGCUGGGUCUAUGACUCCCCAGGGACCUCUCUCGUGACUGAGUUUAACCUGGUGUGUGAGGACUCCUGGAAGCUGGACCUCUUCCAGUCAUGUGUGAAUGCUGGGUUUUUUAUUGGCUCCAUGAGUAUUGGCUACAUCGCAGACAGGUUUGGCCGUAAACUCUGCCUCCUGGCCACUAUCUUCAUCAAUGCGGUCUCAGGGGUUCUCAUGGCCCUUGCACCAAACUACACCUGGACAGUGAUCUUCCGCCUGCUACAGGGCCUGGUCAGCAAGGGAGGCUGGCUGACAGGCUACGUCCUCAUUGCAGAAUUUGUUGGCUCAACCUACCGGAGGGCAGUUGGCAUCACUUACCAACUUGCCUUCAGUCUGGGACUCCUCGUCCUCACUGCUCUGGCUUAUGUGAUUCCACACUGGAGGUGGCUCCAGCUCACAGUGACACUGCCCAAUUUCUUCCUCCUGCUCACUUAUUGGUGUCUGCCAGAGUCCCCUAGGUGGCUCAUAGCACAAAAGCAAAAUGACAAAGCUAUGGAAGUUAUUAAGUACAUUGCAAAGGGAAAUAAGAAGAAGCUGCCUCUCUCCUUCCAGAGUCUCAGUUCUGAAGAUGAAGAUGGAGAAAAGCUGAAACCUUCAUUUCUAGACCUGGUCAGGACAACUCAGAUCAGAAAAUACACCUUCAUUUUGAUGUACAGUUGGUUCACAAGCUCUGUCCUCUACCAGGGGCUCAUCAUGCACAUGGGAAUAGCUGCUGGGAAUGUGUAUCUGGAUUUCCUUUAUUCUGCACUUGUCGAGUUCCCAGCUGCCUUCAUCCUCAUGCUAACACUAGAUCGCAUUGGUCGUCGUUACCCCUGGUCCGCAGCAAACCUGAUUGCAGGUGGCGCUUGCCUCCUUGCAGCGUUAAUGCCAGACACUCUUUAUUGGCUUAAAAUGGCUUCAGCUUGCUUGGGCAGAAUGGGAAUUACCAUGUGCUACGAAAUCAUUUGUGUGGUAAAUCCCGAGCUGUAUCCAACAUUCCUCAGGAACCUGGGAGUCCUUGUUUGUUCAUCCUUGUGUGAUCUUGGUGGGAUCAUAACACCCUUCCUUGUGUAUAGACUAGCAGAACUCUGGCAUGAACUGCCCCUGGUCAUCUUUGCUGUGAUUAGCUUAAUUAAUGGUGGCUUGGUUUUGCUUCUACCUGAGAUGAAGGGGAAAAGUCUGCCUGAGACCAUUGAAGAUGCUGAAAAUUUGCACAGGCAAGAAAGAAAGAAAGAAAAAACAAUUUAUCUCCAUGUUCUGACUUCUGAAACUGCUCACAAGGAUCAUAGAAGCAUAGAAGCUGUUCAUUUCAGACCAUGGAAUCAUUUAGACUCUGUGGCCAUGUUUGGUGGGAUAAAGUUAGCACCUGAGUCUUCCACUAGCUGCUAUGUUGGCAUGGUGUCAGCGCUGAUGGCAACAGUAGAGGACAGGAACUGUGCUCAGAAAGUGCGACUUAAGACCACAGCUACAUCCAGGCCGUCCAUCUGA